AGAAGGGGAGGAGACAAACCACGUGUGAUCCCCACUAUGUGCCGCUCUGUCCUUCCUCACUAGACUUGUUUUUGUAAGCCCAUACCCUUCGCAUGUAGCCAGCUAACCCGUGUGAGCCCGGAGAAGCAGAACUGUGUGUGGGUGUGUUUUAAUUUUCCGCGUCCAACAACAGGCUCAUACAUUCAAGCAAAGCUGCGGGGGGACUUCUGUCACCACACACUGACUGCCGACCAUGGUGAGCAAGACAGAUGACAUCCCGGCGUCAGUGCCUGGCUGUAACCCGGUGGAUGUUGCAGAUGAAGCCGGGGAUGGGACCCAGGACGGCAAAGAGACGCGUCUGAAGGACUCCCCUGGCUGCGGGCACAGUGCAGAUACAGCCAUGGUAAACGGUGACGGCGCUCACGAUCAUACAGAGGAGGCGGAGUCCAAGCAGGACCGGGAUGGAGAAGCAGACGGAGGCGAGGAGUCGAACGAACAGGAAGUGAUCGUGAUCCAGGACACGGGCUUCACCGUGAAGAUCCAGGCUCCUGGAACCGAGCCGUUUGACCUGCAGGUGUCACCGCAGGAGAUGGUGCAGGAGAUCCACCAGGUGCUGAUGGACCGCGAGGACACCUGCCAUCGCACCUGCUUCUCCCUGCAGCUGGACGGAAACGUGCUGGACAACUUCGCCGAGCUCAAGUCCAUCGAGGGCCUGCAGGAGGGUUCGCUGCUCAAAGUAGUGGAAGAGCCAUACACGGUGCGUGAGGCUCGCAUCCAUGUGCGUCAUAUCAGAGACCUGCUCAAGAGCCUGGACCCGUCAGACGCUUACAACGGCGUGGACUGCAACUCGCUGUCUUUCCUCAGCAUCUUCACUGACGGCGACCUCGGAGAUAGUGGCAAACGCAAGAAAAAGGGCAACGAGCUGGAGCAAAUCGAUUGCACGCCCCCAGAGCACAUCCUGCCAGGCAGUAAAGAGCGCCCCCUAGUGCCGCUCCAGCCACAGAACAAGGAUUGGAAGCCCAUGCAGUGCCUGAAGGUCCUGACCAUGAGCGGCUGGAACCCGCCGCCCGGGAACAGGAAGAUGCACGGCGACCUGAUGUACCUGUACAUUGUGACGGUGGAGGAGCGCCACGUCAGCGUCACUGCCUCCACCCGCGGCUUCUACCUCAACCAGUCUACUACCUACACAUUCAAUCCCAAACCAGCCAAUCCCAGCUUCCUGAGCCACUCUCUGGUGGAGCUGCUGAGCCAGAUCAGCCCCGCCUUCAAGAAGAACUUCACCGCCCUGCAGAAGAAAAGAGUCCAGAGACACCCAUUCGAGAGGAUAGCCACACCCUUCCAGGUGUACAGCUGGACCGCUCCUCAGGUGGACCACGCCAUGGACUGCGUCCGAGCCGAGGACGCCUACACCUCCCGCCUGGGUUAUGAGGAGCACAUACCUGGACAGACCAGGGAUUGGAACGAGGAGCUGCAGACCACCAGAGAACUUCCCCGGAAGAACCUGCCUGAGCGUCUGCUGAGGGAGAGAGCCAUAUUCAAGGUCCACAGCGACUUUGCAGCCGCCGCCACUCGAGGCGCCAUGGCGGUGAUCGACGGCAACGUGAUGGCCAUCAACCCCGGAGAGGAGACCCGCAUGCAGAUGUUCAUCUGGAACAACAUCUUCUUCAGCCUGGGCUUCGACGUGCGGGAUCACUAUCGCGAGCUGGGCGGCGACGCCGCCGCCCACGCCGCGCCCACCAACGACUUGAACGGCGUGCGAGCGUACGGCGCGGUGGACGUGGAGGGCCUCUACACUCUGGGAACGGUGGUGGUGGACUACAGGGGCUACCGCGUCACGGCCCAGUCCAUCAUCCCGGGGAUCCUGGAGCGGGAGCAGGAGCAGAGCGUCAUCUACGGCUCCAUCGACUUCGGAAAGACCGUCGUGUCCCACAGCAAAUACCUGGAGCUGCUGGAUAAAACCAGCAGGCCGCUCAAGGUCCAGCGCCACAACGUGCUGAACGAGAAGAACGAGACGGUGGAGCUGUGCUCCUCCGUCGAGUGUAAAGGCAUCAUCGGAAACGACGGCCGACACUACAUUCUGGACCUGCUCCGCACUUUCCCUCCCGACCUGAACUUCCUGCCGGUGGAGGGCGAGGAGCUGCCCCCGGAGAGUCAGCGCUGCGGCUUCCCCCUGCAGCACCGCCAUCGCCUGGCCUGCCUCCGCCAGGAGCUCAUCGAGGCCUUCGUGGAGCACAGGUAUCUGCUCUUCAUGAAGAUGGCGGCGUUACAGCUCAUGCAGCAGAAGGCGAACAAAGACUGUAAUAAGACGGACGCGCCCGCCAUCACGGACGCGUCCGCAGAGAGCAGCGCCGACACGACGCAGGCCGCCCCCUCAGACCCCCCCGCUGCGGCAGACGCUCCCACGGACGGGACGAGCCAGACGGACGCCGCCGCCGCCGCCGUCGUGUCUGCCGCCUCAGACGCAGCGAGUGACGGAGACGAAAGCUCCACAAAGCCCGCCACAAACGGGCCCGUAGAACCCGCCGCCACCCAGAAUGGCGAGUGCAAGAGCCCACUGGAGGGUAAGGAGCUCGAGGAGAGUAUUCCGGGAUUAGCUCAGGCCAAAGAGCUGGCGGAGACCUUAGUCGCCGAGGACGGAUCUGGUAUUGAUCCCAAAAGCCGUGAGGUGGUCCUGAAUGCCUGCAAGGCGGUCGGCUCCAUCAGCAACACGUCUUUCGAUAUCCGCUUCAACCCAGACAUCUUCUCUCCAGGAGUGCGUUUCCCUGACGACAGUGCAGAAGAUGUCCAGAAGCAGAAGCAGCUGCUCAAAGACACGGCGGCCUUCCUGGUGUCCUGUCAGAUCCCCUCGCUGGUUAAAGACUGUUUGGACCACAGCGCUCUGCCGAUGGACGGAGCCACGCUGACGGAGGCUUUGCAUCAGAGAGGCAUCAACAUUCGCUACCUGGGCACGGUGCUGGAGUUCGUGGAUAAGACUCCCGCUAAAGCGCAGCUGGAGCACUUCUACAGGAUAGGAAUCAGUGAGCUGAUCACCAGAUGUGCGAAACACAUCUUCAAGACGUACCUGCAGGGCGUGGAGCUGUCGGCCCUCUCUGCCGCCGUCAGCCACUUCCUCAACUGCUUCCUGAGCUCCUUUCCCGACGCCGUCGCCCACCUGCCCCCCGACGAGCUGGUGUCUCGUCGCAAGAGCCGCAAGCGGCGCAACAGGGUCCCCGGCGGAGGCGACAACACGGCGUGGGCGAGCCUGACGCCCAGCGAGCUGUGGAAGAACAUCGCCUCGGAGGCGCAGAGCUACUAUCACUUCACCAUCCAGUGUGAAAGUGCGGACCAGGUGGUGGAGAAAUAUGGCCUUCAGAAAAUCACUCUGCUCAGAGAAAUUUCCGUCAAAACUGGCAUCCAGAUUUUGAUAAAGGAGUACAACUUCGACAGCCGCCACAAACCUGCCUUCACAGAGGAGGACAUCCUGAACAUUUUCCCCGUGGUGAAGCACGUCAACCCCAAAGCUUCGGACGCUUUCCACUUCUUCCAGAGCGGACAGGCCAAAGUGCAGCAAGGUUUUCUGAAGGAGGGCUGUGAGCUCAUCAACGAGGCUCUCAACCUCUUCAACAACGUGUACGGAGCCAUGCACGUGGAGAUCUGUGCCUGCCUGCGCCUGCUCGCACGCCUUAAUUACAUAAUGGGAGACCACCCUGAGGCUCUCAGCAACCAGCAAAAGGCCGUCCUGAUGAGCGAGCGAGUGCUGGGCAUCGAGCAUCCCAACACCAUUCAGGAAUACAUGCACUUGGCUCUGUACUGCUUUGCCAACGGACAGCUGUCGACUGCCCUGAAGCUGCUCUACCGCGCCCGGUACCUCAUGUUGGUGGUGUGCGGGGAGGAUCACCCCGAGAUGGCGCUGCUGGACAGUAACAUCGGCCUGGUGCUGCACGGAGUGAUGGAGUACGAUUUAUCACUCAGAUUCUUGGAGAACGCCUUGUCUAUCAACUCCAAGUACCACGGACCCCGGUCCCUCAAAGUGGCUCUCAGCCAUCAUCUGGUUGCGAGGGUUUAUGAGAGCAAGGCCGAGUUCCGCUCGGCGCUGCAGCACGAGAAGGAGGGUUACACCAUUUACAAGAACCAGAUGGGAGAGGCACACGAGAAAACUAAGGAGAGCUCAGAGUAUCUGAAGUAUCUCACCCAGCAGGCUGUAGCUCUUCAGAGGACCAUGAACGAGAUCUACAAGAACGGCUCCAACGCCAGCAUCAUGCCUCUGAAGUUCACGGCUCCCAGCAUGGCCAGCGUCCUGGAGCAGCUCAACAUCAUAAAUGGCAUCAUCUUUAUACCUCUCAGCCAAAAGGAUCUGGAGAACCUGAAGGCGGAGGUCCAGAGGAGGCAGCAGCUGCAGGAUCUGGGAAAGAGCGAGGAGCCCGUGGAGGACAGUCCGCUGGAACUGGAAGACAAAAUUCCCAUCGAUUAAUACUGAACUGCCCCUCCGCACAGCGUCCUUCCUGCUCGCCGGGGGAGAGGAGGGCAGCCGUGACGCAGCAGCCAAGUCGGCGAGCCUGCGGACCCGAGAGCCGAGCAGUCUCGAUCAGCAUUGAAAUACACAGGGGGAGGGUGGGGUCGGGGCAGUCCAGAGAAAAACUGUUUGAACUGUAGGACACAGAGCAGUGUCCUCCGAGGUAGGACGAACGUGAGGGAGGGAGGGAGGGAGGGAGAGUACGAGCAUCAUAGAAUCAGUGUAAUGUGCAAUCUGAAAAAUCCCCAGCCCGAGAACCCGGCGAGCGCGCCACUGGAGGUGUGAGCUACUUUGAUAUACAAUUAGCAUGGUGGCAGCCGGGGGAGGGAGACCAAGAAUGACCAUGACAUUGUAUACCAGAGCCUUAUCAACUGUACAUCACCCCCCACCCCCCUCAAAAACCCAUGCUUCCACAAAGCUUAGACCACCGUUAGCCCAGCAUCAUGUUCCCCCACCAUUGCCUAAAGAGCCUUGAAGACCUCUGACCCCUCCCCCCACACCCCCCUCCCGCGACGGUGCUUUCAACGCGUUACAGCACCCACCCUGUACUAGAACUCAGGGCUGCUUUCUCUGUGCACUAUGACCACAACACAGGCGCUAAAUUCGCGAGUUUCCACGUGAGGCUUCAGAAUGUAAAUUCGCUUCUUUGAGCCACUUACAGAUAUCACCCUUCAUUUUUCCCCCCCCCUCUUGUCCCUGAUGGUUAAUGAAUUCAGUCCCAACAGACGGUGACACAUCAGUGAGCAUCAAAUGGUCAUUCAGCUUGAUUUUCCUUUUUGUUUUUUAGUUUUUUUUUGUUUUAGUUUUUUUUUUUUAAAUAAACGAAACAGAUUUUUGUAAAACUGCACAGGAGAAUUAAGGUAUUUUAUGCCUGCUGAUCAUAAAUUAAUUUAAGCCAUGUCUGUUUUUUAGAAAAUGUAUAGAAGUGGCAAUAGAUGUAUAAAUCUCUAUUGGUUUCAGACAGGUACUUGAUUGAUGUUAAUGGGAAUAGCAGAUUUGAAAAGGUUUAGGAAAAAAAAAAGCGUCCACCUUUAAGCAGUAGAUUUAUCUAUCUAUAUACUAGCUGUGUUCAAUCUUCUAUUUUUACACACUGAAAGGAAAAAAUAUGUGCAUGUGUGUUUGUACGGUUGCCGGUGUGUGUGCGUGUGUCUUUGUGUAGUCUGACAGAAAAAUCUAAUGGCCGGAGCUGCUGCUGCUUUUUGCUGCUGCAUAGUUUGAUUAGCGGACGUCGGCUUUCCAAAUGUUUUAUAUUUGUAAAACCGGUUUAAAGACACUGACUUUGGCCUCUUCUCUCAACACAUUCACAUUCAACCACUGUUGCAAGAUCUGCCUAUGAAUGAAGCUAACCUCUUCUCACCGUUAGACAGGUGCUCAGCAUGGGCAGAACAGAUCUAUUGUGGCUGUAUUUGUUUUUUCUUUUGUUUAUUUCUGUCUUAUCCUUCCAUCUUUUUUUCAAGUAACUGUCACAGAAACCAGCCGGGAGUGAGCCGGGAGUUGUUUUAGUGCACUUUUCCCAUGCUGCUUGGAUGUGCUGAACUCAUCCACAGCACCACCAAAAGUGGACAGAAGGGCUGCUUCAGUGUGAUGUACCAAAAAGAAAAAAAAAAGGACUGAUAAAGAUUUCUUUGUGCUUGUAUACAUGCAAUGUAUCCCUCCCAUGGCAAUCUGUUACUUAAUUGUUGCCGUGUGUAGACGUAUGUGAUUUAAAGCAAUAGAGAGAUGCCGCUGGAGCUGAUUGUUUCAGAAUAUGCAGAUUUUAUUGCACAAGGUGGGCUUUUGACUGCACUGGCCGAUUGACCUGGCAGCAAGUGAGUCGCCUUGAGAACAAAGCGAGCUCUGGAGACCAGGAGACGAGGUGACUGCAGUGAAUUUCCCCCUGAUUGUGCUCUGAAACAUGAUGUGGAUGGCAGAGCGUGGUGGUAUGUGCCUAUUACUUCUGCUUCUGAAUGGUGAUGAUGGGU